AUGGAAAGAAGCAUGAAUUUAUCAGUAAAACCUUGCGAUAAUUUUUAUGAUUUCGUUUGUGGUAAUUACAUGACCGGAUACAAAAAAACACCAACAAGUAAAACAAUAAUAUAUACCCGCGUUGCUGAUGUUGCUCACAAAUUUCAUGAAAAAUUGAUAGAACUUAUUGAAGAGCCAAUAAAACCAAAUGAAAUUAAACCAAUACAAUCAGUUAAAAAUUAUUACAAAAUAUGUAUGGAUGAUGAUGAAGAAAUUGAUGACAGAACUUUUCCAUAUUUUAAAAAUUAUUUAGUACCAAUAUUGGGAAGAGGCUAUAAUUGGCCUAUCAGUUCUUACGAAUUAAAUAAUAAUUUUGAUUGGAAAAAAGUAAAAUUACAAAUUGGUAAUAAUGAAGAAUGGUAUAAUAUUUUUUUUGAUAUUAAAACUGAAAUUGAUACAGAUAAAAAAAUAUUUUUUAUUUACAUAAAUGAACCAAGUCUUGGUUUAUCAGUUGAUAAUCUAGCUGAUGAAACAUUAUCAAAAACUAAAAGAAAUUCAACAAAGUUAAAUAAUCCAAUGACAAUUGAUGAAUUAAUUAUUAAUGAAAAUAUUGCUGAUAAUAUUGCGAUAAAAAUUGCUCAUAAAGCUUAUAAAGAAUGGAAAGAAAUUAAUAAAGAUGUUGGUCAAAAUCUUGGAGGUAAAUGGUGGAGUCCAGAUCAAAUGUUUUGGAUAAGUACUGCAAGUAGAUGGUGUUCAUCACUUUCAUCAAAUAAUAGUGAAAAAAAAAUGAUACAUACAUAUCAUAGUGAUGAAAAAUAUCGAGCUAUUGUACCAUUUUCAAAUAUGAAAUCAUUUGCUGCAGAUUUUGAUUGUCAAAUUAAUACAACAAUGAAUCCAGAAGAAAAAUGUAGAAUAUGGUAG